GAGGCUCAGGAAACCAAGGGGCCCGCACAGGAAGGAGCCAGUGGGGCUUUCCUGCCUGGCCUCCCGGCCUCGCUCGGCCUUCCUUAGUCCAGGGUUCCCACCGCCAGGUCAGUUGCAGUCCAUCUUGAAGACCUCUGUGUUUUUUCUCAAAGCUCCACCCCUUGUCCCGCCCAGUUGGGGUCCCUGAGCUGAGGCGGUUGCGCAGGAAGGAACCACAGACUGGGAGGUGGAGGGGGUCGAUUUCCUCCUGGGCCCAUCCAAGGAGCUUUCUUGCUAUGGGAGCCCCGUGGAGCAUGGGGUGGGGGACGGUGGCGCAGGCCUGCAACCCCAGCAGUUCUGGGGGCUGACCCAGGAGGAUUGCAAGUUCAAGGACCCCCUGGGCAAUUUAGCCUGACACGGGGGAGGGAGGCAGAGAAGACCCAGAAAGCACUGUCAGUUGUCACCUGACUGGACCCACCCCCAGGGCACAUGGGGCACCAGGUGCAGAAUCCUUCAGCGGUGACCUCAAACCCACAAGGAAGGAUGGCCGUCCCUAUCCCUCUAAACCCCACAGGCACAGCCAGCAGCCCUUGGCUUUUUGGUCCAGCGAAUCUGCACAGCUGUGAUUGGUUGCUCAAGCUGCCCCGGGGCAGGACGGGGCGGGGCUGGUUGCAGACAGGUGUCCACCCGGACCCAGGUGUCCAGCCCCAGCACAGCACUCACCGGGGCUGAUGGCUCCUUCCACACCUGCCCAUCAGCUCCUUCUCCUGACUGUGUCCCUCUCCAGCUCUGCCCUCCCCGCCCAGAAGCCCUGAGCCCUCUGGAGAGGACUAAGCGCCCCAGGCAGGCUGCACCCAUGGCACCUCCAAGUGAGGAGAUGCCCCUGAUCUCCCAGCGCUCCUGCAGCCUCUCCUCCUCGGAGGCUGGUGCGCUCCACGUGCUGCUGCCUCCUCGGGGUCCCGGGCCUCCUCAGAGGCUGUCUUUCUCCUUUGGGGACCACUCGGCUGAGGAACUGUGUGUGCGGGCUGCCAAGGCCAGUGGCAUCCUGCCCGUGUACCACUCACUCUUUGCCUUGGCCACGGAGGACUUGUCUUGCUGGUUCCCUCCGAGCCACGUCUUCUCUGUGGAAGAUGCGGGCACCCAAGUCCUAGUCUACAGACUGCGCUUUUACUUUCCCAACUGGUUUGGGCUGGAGAAGUGCCAUCGCUUUGGGCUACGCAAGGACUUGGCCAGUGCCAUCCUGGACCUGCCCGUCCUGGAACACCUCUUUGCCCAGCACCGCAGUGACCUGCUGAGUGGGCGCCUGCACGUGGGUCUCAGCCUCCAGGAGCAGGGCGAGUGUCUCAGCCUGGCCGUGCUGGACGUGGCCCGGAUGGCUUGUGAGCAGGGCCAGCGGCCUGCCCAGCUCCUGAAGACCGUCAGCUACAAGGCCUGCCUGCCGCCUGGCCUGCGCGACCUGAUCCAGGGUCUGAGCUUCGUGACCCGGAGACGUAUUCGGACCACGGUGCGCUGCGCCUUGCGCCGUGUGGCGGCCUGCCAGGCGGACCGGCACUCGCUCAUGGCCAAGUACAUCAUGGACCUGGAGCGGCUGGACCCUGCUGGGACCACCGAGACCUUCCGCGUCGGUCUGUCCGGGGCCGCGGGUGGCCAGGAUGGGCAGGGGUUGCUCCGUGUGGCUGGUGGCAGCGGCAUCUCCUGGAGUCCGGCAGCACAGGAGGUCUUCCAGCCCUUCUGUGACUUUCCAGAAAUCGUGGACAUCAGCAUCAAGCAAGCCCCACGGGUUGGCCCGGCCGGGGAGCACCGCCUGGUCACUAUCACCAGGACAGACAACCAGAUCCUGGAGGCCGAGUUCCCGGGGCUGCCCGAGGCGCUGUCCUUCUUGGCUCUGGUGGACGGUUAUUUCCGCCUGAUUUGCGACUCCCGCCACUUCUUCUGCAAGGAGGUGGCACCGCCACGGCUGCUGGAGGAAGUGGCCGAGCAGUGCUAUGGCCCCAUCACCCUGGACUUUGCCAUCAACAAGCUCAAGGCAGGGGGCUCACUUCCCGGCUCCUACGUGCUGCGGCGCAGCCCCCAGGACUUCGACAGCUUCCUCCUCACUGUGUGUGUCCAGACACCCCUCGGCCCUGACUACAAGGGCUGCCUCAUCCGCCGAGACCCUGUAGGAACCGUGUCGCUGGUCGGCCUUGGCCGUCCUCACAGCAGCCUUCGGCAGCUGCUGGCAGCCUGCUGGGACGGCGGGCUUCACGUCGAUGGAGUUGCCCUGCAGCUUAGCUCCUGCUGCACCCCCAGACCCAAAGAAAAGACCAACUUGACUGUGGUCCGGAGGGGCUGCGGCCCACCCUCCACCUCCCCUGCUCAGCCCCAGUCCCAACAUAAGCUGAAUCAGAUGACGUUCCACAAGAUCCCUGCUGACAGCCUGGAGUGGCAUGAGAACCUGGGCCACGGGUCCUUCACCAAGAUUUACCGGGGAUGUCGCCACGAGGCUGUGGACGGGGAGGCCCGGGCGACGGAGGUGCUCCUGAAGGUCAUGGACGCCAAGCACAGGAACUGCAUGGAGUCCUUCCUGGAAGCUGCGAGCUUGAUGAGUCAAGUGUCCUACCCGCAUCUGGUGCUGCUCCACGGCGUGUGCAUGGCUGGAGACAGCAUCAUGGUGCAGGAAUUCGUCCUCCUGGGAGCCAUAGACACCUACCUGCGCAAGCAUGGCCACCUGGUGCCAGCCAGCUGGAAGCUGCAGGUGGUCAAACAGCUGGCCUACGCCCUCAACUACCUGGAGGACAAAGGCCUCCCUCACGGCAACGUCUCAGCCCGGAAGGUGCUCCUGGCUCGGGAGGGGGCUGACGGGAGCUCGCCUUUCAUCAAGCUGAGUGACCCUGGUGUCAGCCCCACUGUGCUAAGCCUGGAAAUGCUCACUGACAGGAUCCCCUGGGUGGCCCCCGAGUGUCUCCAGGAGACCCAGACGCUUGGCUUGGAAGCCGACAAGUGGGGGUUUGGUGCAACAGUCUGGGAGGUGUUCAGCGGGAUCCCGAUGCCCCUCAACCACCUGGACCCCCCCAAGAAACUCAAGUUUUAUGAGGACCGGCAGCAGCUGCCGGCCCCCAAGUGGACAGAGCUGGCCCUGCUGAUCCAGCAGUGCAUGGCCUACGAGCCAGGCCAGAGGCCCUCCUUCCGAGCUGUCAUCCGGGACCUCAACAGCCUCAUCACUUCAGACUAUGAGCUCCUCUCAGACCCAACCCCUGGUACCCUGACACCCCGCGAUGGGCUGUGGAGUGGUGCCCAGCUCUAUGCCUGCCAGGACCCCACGAUCUUUGAGGAAAGACACCUCAAGUACAUCUCACAGUUGGGAAAGGGCAACUUUGGCAAUGUGGAAUUGUGCCGCUAUGACCCGCUGGGUGACAACACGGGCGCCCUGGUGGCUGUGAAGCAGCUGCAGCACAGUGGGCCAGAUCAGCAGAGGGACUUCCAGCGGGAGAUCCAGAUCCUCAAAGCCAUGCACAGUGACUUUAUUGUGAAGUACCGUGGUGUCAGCUAUGGCCCCGGUCGCCAGAGCUUGCGGCUGGUCAUGGAGUACCUGCCCAGCGGAUGCCUGCGUGACUUUCUGCAGAGGCACCGCGCACGCCUGGACUCGAGCCGCCUCCUCCUCUACGCCUCGCAGAUCUGCAAGGGCAUGGAGUACCUGGGCUCCCGCCGCUGCGUGCAUCGCGACCUGGCGGCCCGGAACAUCCUGGUGGAGAACGAGGCUCACGUCAAGAUCGCCGACUUCGGCUUGGCCAAGCUGCUGCCGCUCGACAAGGACUACUACGUGGUUCGCGAGCCCGGCCAGAGCCCCAUCUUCUGGUACGCCCCCGAGUCCCUCUCCGACAACGUCUUCUCGCGCCAGUCCGACGUCUGGAGCUUCGGGGUCGUCCUCUACGAGCUCUUCACCUACAGCGACAAGAGCUGCAGCCCCUCCGCCGAGUUCUUGCGAAUGAUGGGGUGCGAGCGAGAUGCCCCGGCCCUCUGCCGCCUCUUGGAGCUCCUGGCCGAGGGCCAGAGGCUGCCGGCGCCCUCCGCCUGUCCCCGUGAGGUUCAUGAACUUAUGAAGCUGUGCUGGGCCUUGAGCCCACAGGACCGGCCGACCUUCAGUGUCCUGGGUCCCCAGCUGGACGUGCUGUGGAGUGGAAACCGGGGGUAGCAGCCGAGGGCGUCAGAACUACGCCUUCUCCGCUGGCUCAUCCCAAGGGCAAACCUGUUCCCCAUCCUCUUUAUAUCUCCAGAACUCAGAUCUCCGUGUGACCUCAGGCAGAGGACUGCCCCUCUCUGGUCCCCUGAGGCCUUGGGAGGGUCCCCUGCUUCAUGAAGAUCCCUCCUGGGGCAGAUGACAUUGGUCAGCAGCCUGGUGGCCCCAGAAACUUGUAAAGAUGCACGGCAGAUGGCUCCUGAGCCCUGCCCGCAGAUGCAAGGGACAAAAUUCAAGCCCCUCCUGGCUUCCCAUCCCUUCUUGGUGUGGCCCUGAGUUUCCUUUCUUCUUCCCAAAGUGGAUACGAUGUAACUUUAAGUAUAUGAUCUCAGCCAUUGCUUUUUGGGGGGUUCUGGGGAUUGAACUCAGGGGCACUUGACCACUGAGCCACAUCCCCAGCCCUAUUUUGUAUUUUAUUUAGAGACAGGGUCUCGCUGAGUUGCUUAGGGCCUUGCUAAGUUGCUGAGGCUGGCUUUGGACUCAUGAUCCUCCUGCCUCAGCCUCCAGAGCACUGGGAUUACAGGGGUGCACCACGGCGCCUGGCGAGGGCAUUGCUCUUUGACCCAAGGAUGAGAGAUGCUGUCCUGCUUGGGGUUUGCAGGACAGAGCCUGUGUCUGUUCCAGAUGGAGUAAGGGGACGGGAGGCUGGGGUUCCAGUGUCCCCCUAGCCAUGCCUGAGUGUCCCUGGACUUCAGUUUCCCUACCUGUCAGUAGGACCCUUUCUGUCCUGACCCUCUAAGGUCACACAACAGAUGAUAUGAGAGCCUGGUGGGAACUUUUGAGGCAAUUGAGAGAAGGAACAGCAUUCCUGGCAGAGAGAACAGCAUGCCAAGGGUGAAGGGGCUCAGAGUACGGAGGUGAAGAGCCCAGGUUUUGGAGCCCACCUUUCCCCCACUUACUGUGUGAGGGUGGGCAAGUUGCUUCUCCUCUCUGGUCUCAGUUCUGCAAGGGCAGAACUGGCCCUUUGGUGGUAGAGGCAACUUCCUGAGGCUGGUGAGGAGGUGUCUGGUUCGGGUUAUGCUCCCGUCACUCUUAUUUAUCUGAAGGGUUUUCUGUUACUUUGCCUCCCUGUGAAGCUCUUAUUCAUCUCUCAAAACCCCAGCUGUCAUGUCCUUCUGUGUGGCCCCCACACACGCUGCGCCGGCCCUGUCCUGCUCUCCAGUCCAACUACUGACAUGGGGGGCUCUUUGGGGCCUGAGCUGAGGUCUUCGCUCAGGGUGGGCACACAGUGGAGUCUGGGAGUGUUUGUUGAAUGAAUAAAGGAUUCAGUGGGAAGGAGGA